CUCUGCGCGCCUCACCUGCGUCUCCCCAUUUUUCCAUGGCGGCAGCGGCUGCUCACCUCCUCUCUUCCCCGCCCGUCACAUCCGGCCUUCCUCCACGGCCGAGCCUAUGGCAUCACCGCCGCACCGGCACACGCCAGACCGAAGCUACCGGUAGCAUAUCCUGCCGCGCGACGCUUGGCCCCGAUGGCCACCUGUCCGCGCUCGCCGCCCCCGGACCGGCAGCCGCCACGGGGAGGACGUACCUGCGGGAGCACUCCUGCCUCCUCUUCCCGCCCCCACGCGGCCGCCGCCCGCUCGCCGUCGUCAAAUUCCUCGGCGGCGCCUUCAUCGGGGCAGUCCCCGAGGCGACAUACGGCUACCUGCUGGAGCUCCUGGCGCAGGAGGGCUUCCUCGUGGUGUGCGUGCCGUACAACGUCACCUUCGACCACGCGGCCGCCGCGCGGGAGGUCUUCCAGAGGUUCCACGGCUGCUACGACGAGCUCCUCGCGUUGGGGCUGCCGGAGGCCGGGCUAACCGCUCUCCAGCUGUUGGUGGGGAGCUACUUCUCGGAAAAGAUACCAAAGGCUAAUGCCAUUGUCUCAUUCAACAAUAGGCCCGCUUCAGAGGCUGUUCCUUACUUUGAGCAGAUAGGCCCACUAUUUAGUCAACUAAUGCCUAUGAUGGAGGCAUCACCUGUAUACUCCGUGGCAAGAGAUGCAUCAGGGGGCGCAUGGAAGGCUCUAUUUGAUUUAGCUGGAGGUUUGAUACAAGAGUAUGAUCAAGAAGCUAUGGCAUCUGUGAGAAAAUUUGUCGAUCAGUUACCCUAUGUAAUGAAUCAGGUUACGGAAGGUGUAUCUGAAUUCAAACCAACGCCGCCUGAGAACCGUGAAUUCUGCAAGAACUCCUACAGUGUACCAAAUACAUUAUUGGUGAAAAUCAGUGUUGAUGCUAUUGAUGAUACAGACAUAAUUGAGAACAUCUUGCGGCCUCGGGUAGAAUCAAUUAAUGGACAAGUAAAGAAGGUCACACUGUCAGGAACACAUCUAACUCCAUGUAUACAGGAUGUUAAAUGGCAGGCUGGUUCACAAUACACUCCAGCAGAUGCUCUGGCCCAGGGUUUAAAAUCGUUGGCUCUCAAUGAGACCAGGGUCCUCUCAAGAACUAUCGCUGAUUGGUUCAGGUCCAUUUAGAACCUUAUAUUCUUAAUUAUUGUAUGACCAUUGAAGUUCAGAAUGCUCCUUACGAAGUUACCACAUUGGAGAUCCUUUCACACGUCAGAGCCAGAACUGCAGAAAUAUCUGUAGAAUCUGUCGUACUGUACGGUCUUCAUUCAGUUAACUUUGGUUCAUGCAUCAGAAACAUUUUAUUGGUUCCUGCAUAACUGGCUGAUGCAAUUGGGUGGGUGUAGAGCAGUGGAGGUGGCCUUUGCAAGGACACAUAAGAGUAAAUGUUAUUGCACCUACGUCUGUCGUGCAAGCUCACCGGCAGUCCGUACUAGUAUUAUUAUCUGAUCAAAAUUUGGAGGUUUGGGCCAAGUCUUGGGACCCUAGUCAGACUGUGCAAUGCAUUUGACCCAAAUACCAGGAGAGCAGUGAUUUAAUCUCAGGUAUGGCACCAGCGAGGCUGAGUUGGCCGUAUAGACCUUGCAGCAGGCAACCCUGUCCAUGCACGGCGUUCUGAUGGUUGGCAAUUUAUUGCAAUACAAUAUUUUUCUGUAUAGGUGUUACAUUUGGGACAAUUUUUGUGUACUUUGUUUAAUUGUGAGGAUGCUUGUAAUGAGCACUUGGUGCAAAGAAAAGCUGUUGAACAUUUUCUGGUUCUCCAGAAUAUAUACUGAAUUCAUAUGGUGUAGAACGAUCUACACCAGACAAGAACAUUGAAAAUG